UGGGGCUAGCUCCUUGAGUAGAGAGCCCCUGUUGUCUUUGUAUUUACGUGCACAACGGUGUUAACUAGUGGCUACAUGCGCUCUGCUGCUCAACUCUUCUACUCAACAUGUCAAAUCGGAAACGGAACCAAGUGAUAAAAGAGUUUAUCGAAAUGUAUCGGUUGGAGCCUUGUCUGUGGCAGGUGAAAAGUAAAGAGUACCACGACCGUGAAAAGAGAGGUGCAGCCUAUGAACGACUUGUUAUUAAAUUGAAGGAGUUAGAACCCGACGCUACAAAGCAAUCUGCAGUGAAAAAAAUAAAUAAUUUAAGAAGUAAUGUAUGUAAAGAAAAGAAGAAACGUUAUAUGUCAAUGAAAUCUGGAGCUUUAACAGACAAUAUCUACACAUCAAAAUUGUGGUACUUAGAUUUGUUCGAUUUUCUUGGCGAUCAAGAUACUCCUUGUGCGUCUGUGUCAAACUUGGAUGACGAGGAUGGAUAUGAGAUCGAUGAAGUAAGUACUCACAUUAUUUAUAAUACUCAUACACUUUAUUUAAUUAAACUACAUUUUGUAUAUACAAAUGGGAAGGUUACAUUUAGAGUUCACAUUUUUAUUAAUAUUAAUGGAAAAUGUUUUUACUGUAUGGAUGGAUUCGAUGAUGUUGCUCCACAGACACCCAUCACUGAAGAACCCUCAGAGACAAACGAGAGUCUUCAAAAUUCCAAAGAACUCCCGAUAUCACGACCAAAUUUUGCAAAAAAAGAGAAAAGUGUGGAACUGACCAAUGACGUUCUGCUAUCAGUGAGAGAUCAUUUUAAAAAGCCUUCGCCCCAAGAUGACAGGUAUGAUCUACUGGGAGAAUCUAUUGCAAUGAGAAUGAGGACACUGGAAAAACGCCAGCGUCUGAUUGUUGAAAAAAUAAUCGAUGAUCUCCUAUAUGAAGCUGAAAUGGGAAUGCUUAACGUGCCAACGAGUUCAUACAGCUCCGAAUAUCUAACCAGUCGCCGGCCGCGGUGGUCUAGCAGUUCUAGGCGCACAGUCCGGAGCCGCGCGACUGCUACGGUCGCAAGUUCGAAUCCUGCCUCGGGCAUGGAUGUGUGUGAUGUCCUUAGGUUAGUUAGGUUUAAGUAGUUCUAAGUUCUAGGGGACUGAUGACCAUAGAUGUUAAGUCCCAUAGUGCUCAGAGCCAUUUGAACCAUCUAACCAGUCCAAGUGCGAGCUCACCAAGUCCUACUGCAGCUACUUCAUAUCAUCAGUUUACGCAACAAACAGCGCCUGCAGAAUUCGUAACCAAUCAAGAGCUUCCACUUCCACACUCAGCAGCUACUUACUUAGCUACCUCUAGUAAUAUUUGAUGUUUGGGCAUUUUUAAUUAUUCUAUGGUUUUAAUUGAUGAGUAAUACCAAAUUUUCAAUUAUUUUCGAAUUUAAUGUAUUAUUCAUUAUUAUGCUUCAGUUGCAAUUUUGUCUUUGGAUUGUAGAGUGUUACUAAGAAUAAAAGAAUUUAAAAAAUG